AUGGUCUCAGAGACAUCUGGUUCCCUGAAAGAACCGACAGCCAUGGAGAAACGCAAGGGAACCCCCGAGUCCCUCACUGACUCGCAAGAUAUCGAAUUCCGUUAUCUAGAACUCGAAACGCCUUUGCCUACGCCAUUUAUCACUUUGCCUCCUGGUCCAAAUCAGUCGCCGGCACCUGACGCGCCUAGUCUGGAGAAAUACAUUUCGCCCUUCUUAUGGCCGAGAUGGCGCAAGUCUAUGAUGACCUACAUUGCUUGUGCGGUUACUGCGCUCGCUGGUUAUGCUGCUGGUGAGGUUAGUCCUGCUUCGGAGGAAUUGACUGUGGAGUGGGGGAUUAGUACUGUGGUGUAUAACCUCAGUAUCACUAUCUUCUGUGUUGGAUUUGCACUUGCGCCUAUGCUGCUUGCCCCAUUUAGUGAGCUAAAUGGUCGGCGGCCGAUUUUCAUUGCAAGUGGUAUUGUCUUUGUUGCCUCUCUAUGUGGCUGCGGAGGAACAAACUCUUUUGCUGGAUUGUGCAUUGCUCGUUUCUUCCAAGGUGUGGGUGGCUCGACCUUCUCAACAAUGGUCGGCGGCGUCAUCAGCGACAUCUACCACGCCCACGAUCGCAACACAGCAAUGGCUCUCUUCUCAGCAUCAGCCCUUUUUGGAACUGGACUCGCGCCACUACUCUCCAGUGUGAUUGUCAGCCACACCACCUGGCGCUGGGUCUACUUCUCGCACGCAAUUGUAGCAGCAGCCUUCGUCGUGAUCAUCUACUUCUUCUUCAAAGAAACCCGCGGCAGCGUCCUUCUAAGCCGAAAGGCAAAGACACUGAACAAGUACUACGAAAAACUCGAAGAAGCAGGCCACUACGGCGUCAUCCUCUCAGAUUAUGAAUCCUCCGACGAGAAAUGCAUCCGCCGAAUCCGAUGGAAGGUCAAGAGCGACGAGCAACGCGCUUCGAUCCUAAGCAUGGUCCAGAUCUCACUCUAUCGACCAUUCCAUAUGCUCGUAACAGAACCAGUCGUCUUCUUCUUCUCUCUCUGGGUUUCCUUCAGCUGGGCAGUCCUGUACCUCCAAUUCAGCUCAGUUCCUCUAAUUUUCCGCACGAACCACAACUUCACAACCGAGCAAACAGGCGCAGUUUUCACAUCGAUGUGCGUCGGCGUAAUCAUCAUCACAGUUAUCAGUAUCUACCAAGAGCGCGUGGCAAAGUCAUUCGGUCUCCACUCCACCGCGGCAGAAGGUCGACUGUACUUCGUCUGCGUCGAGUCUAUUUUACUGCCUAUUGGACUUUUCUGGUUUGGGUGGACUUCUUUCCCGUCUGUGCCGUGGAUUGUGCCUGCUAUGGCUGUUGGAUGUGCUACUAUGGGCAUUUUCUCGAUUUAUUUGGCUACUUUUAAUUAUCUUGCUGAUACCUAUCAUCGGUAUGCCAGUUCUGCGAUUGCGGCGCAGUCUUGUUGCCGGAACUUGCUUGGUGGUGUUUUCCCUUUGGUUACCAAUGCCAUGUUUAACAAUCUUGGAUAUCCUGAGGCAUCUAGUCUGCUGGGAGCACUUGGUGCUGUUCUCACUCUAGUACCAUGGGUGCUGGCCUUCUAUGGACCUCAAAUUCGAGCCAAGAGUAAGCUCGCAAGCGAACUCGCUCAUUGA